CCGUGGCAGACGACACCGGUAAUAUUGACGCCCUCCGUUAAAGAACCUUAUAUUUCUGGGGAUUUAGAGCACUUGAAAAGGGGAGGUAAAAAUGUGAGGAAAAGAAUGAACCAAUCGUAGAAGAGGAUAUUCCUGUCAACAGAUGGCGUGUAAAGAUGGCGGAGAAAGAAGAAGAGAGAUCCAAGAAAUUUGACUACGAGGAAACUUUGAUCUAUGGAAAAUACAAACGAGAUCUUGGAAAAUGGGCCAAGUUCCAGGCGAGAACGAUCAAGAAAGAGAAGCGGGACAUUGGAAACACAGAGGUUAAACCACACACAGGAUUCAGGGUCUACUUAGGUAUACAUCUUUUUACAGGAUUCAAAUAUAAAGUUCUAAAAGAAUCACCUAAGUUCAAGAGAUUAAUCCAUUUUCGAGAUGUUGUCUUCCAAAAAAUUGGAGAAGAUUGGAUCUUCUUGGCUCUGCUGGGAAUUCUUAUGGCCCUGCUCAGUUUUACUAUGGAUUAUAUCAUUGAAAAGUGCCAAGCAGCUAAGUUCUGGCUAUAUCAGGAGCUGGCUUUCUCCCCACCACUUCAGUAUUUUGCCUGGGUGUCUUACACACUGCUGUUUAUAUUAUUUGCCACAGGAUUUUCUCAUCUUGUCUCACCCCAGGCUUGUGGGUCUGGUAUCCCAGAGAUGAAGACUAUUUUAAGAGGUGUGGUGUUAAAAGAAUUUCUAACAUUUAGGACACUGGUGUCCAAAGUAGUAGGACUUUGUUCCUCAUUAGGAAGUACACUUCCUAUUGGGAAAGAGGGCCCUUUUGUACACAUUGCUAGUAUUGUUGCAACAUUACUGGGGAAAUUAACAACAUUUAAAGGAAUAUAUGAAAAUGAAUCCCGUAGAACAGAGAUGCUGGCUGCAGCUUGUGCUGUUGGAGUGGCAGCAACUUUUGCAGCUCCUAUUGGAGGUGUGUUAUUUAGUAUUGAGGUCACAGCGACCUACUUUGCUGUCAGAAACUACUGGAGAGGUUUCUUCUCUGCUGUGUGUGGGGCUGUCACAUUAAGAAUGCUUGCCAUCUGGUUUAAAAAUGAAGCUACUCUCACAGCUAUUUUCAAAACAACUCUAAGAACAGAUUUCCCCUUUGACGUUCUUGAACUGCUUGUUUUUGCUAUUAUGGGGGUGCUCUGUGGUUUAGCAGGAGCACUUUUUAUUUUGUUUCAUCGAAAAAUUGUUUUGCUCACUAGAAGACAUCGCAAAAUAACAGAUUUCUUACAAAAAAAUCGUUUUAUCUACCCUGGUCUGGUAACUCUGGUGAUUUCAUCUUUAACAUUCCCUCUUGGUUUGGGUCAGUUUUUCGCAGGCGAGUUGACAUCCAAGCAAGCAAUCAAUGAACUGUUCAGUAACAUCACAUGGACAACAGGACAGGCAGAGGGACUGAGAGAUGAAGAAAUCAUCAGCCAUUGGAAACAUGGCAGCACAAAUAUCUAUGUCAACCUAGUCAUCUUUGUAGUGUUAAAUUUUGGGUUUGGAGCUUUCUGUAAUACUAUGCCAGUUCCAGCUGGUGUGUUUGUGCCAGUUUUCUUAGUGGGAGCUGCUUUUGGUCGUCUGACAGGGGAGUGUAUGGCAGCUUGGUUCCCAGAAGGGAUUCCCUCUGGUGACAUCAUCAAUAAAAUUGUACCGGGAGGUUACGCUGUUGUAGGAGCAGCCUCAUUUUCAGGGGCAGUCACUCGGACUAUCUCAACAUCAGUGAUUGUAUUUGAAGUCACAGGUCAAAUAAGUCAUGUACUUCCAGCAGUUGUUGCAGUGUUAAUCUCCAAUGCUGUGGCUGGGAAAUUCCAGCCCUCCUUCUAUGACAGUAUCAUCAAACUCAAACAGCUACCAUAUCUCCCAGACAUUGUAUCUGCAAAAGCAAAUGCCUGGAAAGUAUUUAUAGAAGACAUCAUGGUUAAGGAAGUGGCCAGUAUUUCAUUCAGGGCAAAUUAUGGAGAGCUAAGAGAACUUUUAACCUCUACCAACUACAAAAGCUAUCCUCUAGUUGAUGCUCCAGACUCCAUGAUUCUGCUUGGUUCUAUACAAAGACUUGAACUGGAGCGAGUUUUAUUUGUUCAUCUCAGCAAAGACCAAAAAAUAUUUAUACAAAGUGAUGACGAGGAUAACGAAUCAAGGAGAAGUAACUCUUCCUCUAUGACUGAUGUGUCCGUAAUCAAACGGUCUAUCACUCCACCUCCAACAAUCAACAUAAUCCCCCAGAAAAAGUCCAGGUUCCUCGUGUCUAAGGUUGAGGAGAAAAAGAGGUCCAGGACACCCAGUCCAAGCAGAUUCUCAAUGCCAAGAUCUUCCAGUGCUUCCUCAUUAGAGUCAGAGAAGGAGAGACAGACAUAUCAUACAUUACAGUUACCCCUCAGAUCUAUCCUCAAAAAAUCAUCUUCAUCAUCUGCUCUGUCAGACAGAGCCAACAGCGAAACUAAUCUUCAGUCUGAAAUAACUGCUUACUACAGAAAAUUGGCCAGUACCAAAAAAGAGAGUAUUUGUGAAGAUGCUCCGUAUAUUAUUGAUAAAAGUAGCUUUACUAAUCUGGCAAAGAAAGUAAGACUGCCUCCAGAACCAGUAAAGAUCAAGAACCUUACUAAAGAACAACAAGAAGAGUGGGAGGAGCAAAGACUUACAGAUCCAAUAGAAUGGGAGGGAGUUCAGAUAGACCCCGCCCCAUUCCAGCUGGUGGAGAGAACAUCACUACACAAGGUUCAUUCAUUAUUUUCUCUCUUGGGAAUAAAUCAUGCUUAUGUAACCAACACUGGGAGACUUGUAGGUGUGGUGGGAUUAAAAGAAUUAAGAAGAGCAAUUCAGGGAAGAAUUGAUGCCCAGGCCAAAGGUGAAGACGAGACUGAGGAUGAGGAAGUGGAGGAGAUUGAUCCUCAGCAUCUGGAGGUGGAGGUCUCCCCACCUCAAAACGAAUACAGACUUGUUAACACCUCUAAUGAGGAACUUCACGGUGUACUAGUGACUAAGGAUGAGUGAGGACCACAGAAGAGAGUGGGAUCUUGUUUAAGUGCAGAUGUGAUACUAUUCUAAUGUGAAAUUUUGCCAAAUUUUUAAGACUUAGCUUUACCAUUGCGUCACUUCAGGUUUGGGAAAUUUAUAUACUCUACCAUACGAAAUUAACACCUAAAAAGUGUGUUCAUCAUAGAAUUUAAUGAUAUUUUCCUUGAAAUGUGUUCCACAGAAAAAAAAUGUUUUUUAAUAUCUCAGGAUUCGUUAGAGGUCAUUGAACUGUUAUGCCACCUCGUGACCAAAUUAUGCAUUCCUUGUUAAGUAUUACAACCUGUGUUAAUAUGGUUUUCAAUGGUUGUCUCAGAAAUGCAUUCCAGCAACCAUUAUUUUUCCUUAAUCAAGGGGAUGCUCAAAGAGCUGUUGAUAAAAUCUUCACAUAUAUUUUCAUUUUAUGCAUUGUAUGAUAUUUUUUUCUCAUUUAAGAAUCUCAUUAUUUGCUUACACAUGUAAAUGAAUCAUUGCAAGUUUAUUUUAUAAGCCAUUUUAUAAUUCACUCAAUUAUGUGAAAAUCAGUGCCAAUGUGCCAAGUUACAUAUGCAACAAAUGUUUACUCAGCGAGCAGGAACUGAAAUAUUUUUUUGUAAUUGUUUUGUAUAUUGUAUGACUGAAUCAUAAUCGUUAAAUGAUUUGUCAUAUUUAAAAUGUAUCCUGGCAGAAGAGCUUAUUUUUAUUUUGUUAAGUAUUACAUGUAACUAGAACAAGAUUUUUGACUCAAAUAUAGCAUAACACAAAAUAACAUGCGAAACAGGGAGGAAAAAUCCCCACAAUUAUUGGCCUUCGCUGUUGUGUAUAGAUGGCCAGUGAAAGAGAAGGGGCUCUAUACUGAAUGGAACACAGCUGCUGGGUGACACCUAUAGUUACUCUGACCUACAUGUGUAACAUAGUGGGAGUCUGCAGGUGAUCCUACUCUGAUUGAAAGACUCUGUAUCCUUGCGUUAAUAUCUUACAAAGAAAGGAACUAAAUAUUUUGCUCAGGUGUUUAGUGGCAAGUUUUCAUUGCUUUAUGAAUAAAGUUAUCAUCAUAUAUACCAACAAAAAAAAAGACAAAAACAAAAUAAAACAUGAGAUGUCAGAUGAGCAGAAAAGAUUUUUUAAAGGAUUCUCAAAAGCUCUGUUUGUUUUGCCUGUAGAGAACACAUAUCUGCAAUAGUACCGUAUAUACUCACCUAUAAGUCGGUCCGCCUAUAAGUCGGUUGUAUUUUUUAAGCUUACAUUGAGGGAUUGACCCGCUAUAAUAUCAAUAUUUUUAUAACUCGCCUAUUAGUCGGUCAACGGUUUUUGGACCAAAGUUUAACUCCCAAAAAACCGACUUAUAGGCGAGUAUAUACGGUAAUGUUUACCUGUGUUAAGUAUUAAUGAAUGAUACAUUUAUUCAGAAUUCUUCAUUCAUAAAAUAAAAAAAUGGGCAUUUUCUUCAUUAGAUUUCUUGAUUGUGAAGCAGUAUGACAUCUUAAGUAAUGUUUGAAUACUUGUAAUGGAACACGCUCAAAUAAGCUAGUCUAUGUUCAGUACCAUUAAUUGAUUACAAGCAUGCUGAAGGAAGGUACUUAAAUUAACAAAUGAAUAAAUUGUUGUUUUUGUCAUUAACCAACAAAUGUAAUAUAAUGAUUAACAUUUUGUUAUAAGUUAUGUAUGUAGUUUUAACAUGUUUGUUGAUGUUUUUCACUUUACCUGUCUUUCAUGAAUUUUUACGUCACGAGCAUUAAUAAUGGAAGUUGUACGUCUUCCGUGGCAUUUUUGUAUUGUGUAUUUUUACUCAAUGCCUUAAUAAUAAUGUUCACUUGUCGAAAUUGUGAAUAAUAACAAAUGUCACAAUUGUUAUGAAAUUAUGUGAUACAAUUCAUUCUUGACUCUAACAUAGAGAAUAUAAAGCUUCAUCCUUGAUUUCUAUGUCACAUUAGUAUCAUUGCUGUCGCAAUAAUAUAUUUUGCUUCUGAUUUAAUUUUCUAUAUUUUAUGGCCUUCUAAUACAUUUUUUAUUAUUAAAUGUGUUCUCUUUCAAAGUAACUCAAUGUAACCAGAAAUUUAAGAUACAAAUGCUCUCCUUAGAAUAAAUGAUGUUAAAAAGUU